CGAGUGCGAAAUAAAUUAUCAGGAUGAACUUAUACUUGGCUAGCUCCCGGGAGAAAACAAAUUUCUAUUAAGCCCUCCUUGUUUUUCGAGAGGGGUUAGGGAGAGCGCUUAUCGGAAGGAGGGCGCUAAAUCGAAUCAUUAGGGUAGUACUUAGUCUCCUCCUCAGCCUUUCCUUUUUCUUUAGGGGAAGCGUUGCGUGACAUCCCAAAAAACUAAUGCGGAGGAGAACUUGGUACAGGUACUAAAUUUCAGACUCGUUUAAUCUAUAAAAACAGUCUAUUUUAAUCGUUACGUAACAUCAAAGCCGCUAUUGAAUCAACAUUCGCGUAGACCACCUGCGGUGGCACCAUUAUAAUAAAGGGAUAAUUUGUUGAUCUCUCCAUGUUAUUGCCGUCAAUUUACAUAAUUUCACUACGCAAACAUGGAUUACAGCUAUAAACCAGCUAAUAAGUCAUCUCGCAAGAAGAGAAAAACACGCUGCCUUAUAGCUCUCUUCGUUUUCCUUGGCAUUGCAUGUUUGGUUUUCUUCUUCGUUGGAAUUGCACUCAUCGCCGAGGCUAGGAGAAAAGGUGAUGACUCCAAGGCAGAACCUCAAGGCGCCAGCUGCGACUAUUCAGAGGAAGCUAAGCGAGUUAAACUCGAUGACUUUUUAGAAAGAGCACAGAACAAGUAUUACGAAUUGAAUCCGAACAAGAUUGCAAGCAAACCCGGUGUUACACCAGCUGAGGUCAAGAACAAAUACCACUCUUACGAUCCAACGCCUGAGCGUAUUAAACUGAUCGCUGAUGAAUCGGCAAAAAUUGUCAAAGAUAUUGAGAAAAUGCCAGUUGACAUGAACAAGCUGACACUGAGAGAGAAACGAGCUGUAGCUCAACUGCUUCACUGGGCUAAACAUAGCUUCCCUUUCAUGGUGCCGUAUUCAUACGACUAUUAUGUUGGGGAUUGGAUGAUGGGAGCCGACAUCUUCUGUUGGAAUCCGAUUUGUAUGGUGCCAACUGAAGUGCAGCCAGCAUUCAAGCAUUUUAAGCCGUCGACGGUCAGUGAAAUGGAGACACUUAAAGCUAAAUUCAAAGAACUCAACCACACUUUUGUUCAGUUCGUGGAAAACAUGAAGUUAGGCGUGGCUGCUGGGAUGGUACGCACAACAGAGGAGUGUAAAGCGGGGCUAGAUGGAUUGAAAAACAAGUACAGAGAUGUGGCUGUUAAUGGUCCAACGGGAAUCUACGAAGCGUCAUUCAUAAAGCCUUUCCUUGCCAAAGAUUUUAUCUCGAACAUGAAAGAUGAUCAACUGAGUGAAUGGCGGGGAAAGUUUGGAAAAUCAGCCAGCGAGUCACUUCGAGAGUUUGCCCUUGAGUAUGUUGGCAAACCAAUUGAUUACAUGUUGAGGUAUGGCAGUUGUGAUACUAAUUUAUUUAACAUAUAUAAUACUUGCCUGCAAAAUAGAAUAUUACGUGUUCUCCGGUUUUUAUGGUUAUUAUGUGCUAUAACCUUACAUUUCUUGACAGGAAUCUACGAAGCGUCAUUCAUAAAGCCUUUCCUUGCCAAAGAUUUUAUCUCGAACAUGAAAGAUGAUCAACUGAGUGAAUGGCGGGGAAAGUUUGGAAAAUCAGCCAGCGAGUCACUUCGAGAGUUUGCCCUUGAGUAUGUUGGCAAACCAAUUGAUUACAUGUUGAGAUUCAUAAAGGAGGAACAAGUUCCACACUGUGCACCAGACAGCGUUGCUACCGGCCUUGGUAGUUUACCGCUUGCUUAUGUGUUCGUGAACGGCUCUCAGACGAAUACGAAAACAACACAAGAACUUCCCACAGGCGAGAAACUGAAUGGAAAAGACUCCUACAAAAGGCUGCUGGCACAUUUUACAACCACAUCCCAGACACCGGAUGAAAUUUACAACCUUGGUAAAGACAUGCGCGAUAAACUCUAUUCCGAGGUUUUGAAAUUAGCCACGGAAGUAACCAAAGUAGAUGAUGAAAAUGAAGCGAAGCGACGAUUCAAAGAGCUCAUAAAUGAUCCUAAGAUGUUUUACAAUGAUAAAGAAAUUCCAGCCAAUGAGUCUGACGCCAAUGCACACAAAGUAUGCAGCACUGUAAAGGACGCGGAAAAGUAUUGUCCACACAGAACAGCAGCCAUGGAGAACUGGUUUGAGCAUACCAAGCAGAUUAUGGCAACCCUUGACUAUGAGACCGCUGGACUGUUUCAUGUAACAGGUCCUUACAAGUCCACUCCAAGCUGCCCAAUCAAACUCGACUACGACCUUAAUCCAUCAAGCGCUGUACCAUUCUACAUGCCGUCUGAUGCGAGUUGUUCCAAGGUUGCCAGUUAUAACAUGCCAUUCUUUCUUGCAAAGCCUGGACCCAGAUAUGAGUCAGUCACGUUGGCGGCACAUGAAGCAAGGCCUGGACACCACACCCAGGUUCAAGGUUACACCGAACAUUUUACUGACUCAUGUGAAGGCCCCAUUCGCUGGAUAGCAGUCAACACCCUUUACCUGGCAUUUGCCGAGGGCUGGGCACUAUACGCAGAGAAUCCGCUGAUCCCUGAAAAUACUAGCGCUUAUCAAGUUGAUCCAAUUUCCAAAUAUGGAAUGUUGAAAUGGCAGGUUUGGAGAGCUUUGCGUUUAAUGAUGGACACUGGACUUCACUUCAAGGGAAAUUCACGUGCCUGGGCGCUGACGAUGUUCGAGGAGUACGCAUGGGACACAAGUGACGUAGCAGUGAAGGAAGUGACACGCUACCAAAGCAUCCCGGGACAGGCUGUCACUUACAUGCUGGGACAACUUGCCAUCAUGAGAUUAAAAGACCAAGCUAAUAGCACUCUGAAAGAAAAAUUCAACACCAAAGACUUCCAUUACCAGGUGAUUUAGUCUUAGACCUUGUCAGUUUAAAAACUGAAUCACUCGCUUCCUCUCUCAGUAUUGUCUUCAUUCCAUCGGUCUCAGUUACCCCAUCUUGAGUUAUCUGGUCCAAUAUUUUCUUAGCUCAAAUGAUAUGCCCUUUACCGUUUUAUGUGAACAGUUCAGUUACUUAAACUAGCUAAAUUAACUCUU